AUGUCAGGGGCAAAUUCGACGACGACGAUGCAAGAGGCCGAGCCAGCGUGCGGGGGAUGCGGUCGAACACUGGAGAGUGCGUCUGGUGGAGUUGUAGUUGCGUUUGGAAAUGCACUGUGGCAUGUGGAGUGUUUCCGGUGUGCGAAAUGCCAGAACACGGUGAGCGCAGACACCAACUUGCUCCUCCUCGCCGAUGGCUCCCCGGUCUGCCAGGCAUGUUCCUAUUCUUGCCAUGUCUGCCAUAACCCUAUAUUAGACGAGGCCAUUAUGACUGGAGACGACUCGUACCAUGCAUCCUGCUUCAAGUGCCGUACGUGCUCGCGCCGCAUUGAGGAACUUGUGUUUGCAAAGACUAGCCAGGGCAUAUACUGCAUGGCCUGCCACAACGACCGCGUUGCUCGCUCCAGGAGACAUGCAGACAAGAAGCGAUCCCGCACCAAGUCACGCAAGGAAGAUUCAGCCCCGCAAUCCCGCGCAACUGACUUUGCACCAUCCCCUGCUCCCCAUUCCCUCGCUGCUCCCCACGACCUCGGCAAGCGCCGCAAAUCCUACGAUGAUGGCGUGCGACCGCUCUCUGCUAUGUUUGCUCCCCCUCCUCCCCGUUCCUUUGCAGCACAACAGGCCGCACUUCCCGGCUCCUCGGUGUCCACCCCUGGCGGCCUAAGUCCGAGUCUAGAAGUACCUCACUUGAAUGCUGACAAACGCGGCUCUAUCCGCCCAAGGGGGAAUAGUACUGGCGCAGAGACUGGCAGACUAUCGCCAUACUCGACCGAGGGCUUAGGCACCAGCUCGAGAGCCCCAUCACCUUCAUUAUCUCUUAGAGACGAAUAUCUCCGUGGGCGUAAUCACAAUGGGGCAGAUCCUACCCGAGGGCGCGAUACCUCCCAAGCACGCGAUCGAUCGACUCAUGGGCGGGAUGCUUCGUCCGUUAGAUCCCACCGUCCCUAUGAAGACCACGGAGAGAUCACGAUGAUGCUUGAAGAACCGACCUUUGUCCUCGAACCCAGUCUUAACGUGCGCGGGUCGCAUCCGGAAGAAGCUGUCGACGACGAAGAGUUCGAUGGCAUGGGAAUCCAAGGGCGGGGCAUCAUCGACGAACGGAGCAGAAGUCCCAGCUUUGUCAACAGUCCUACUACCAGUAUGCGCGGUCCUAGUCCAGCUCCGAUCAUCACCAAGAGCGCGAGCCAAGGUAUAUCGACUUCCACAACCAAGAGUCCUGCGAUCUCCAAGAGUGCCAGUCAGGGAGCAACUGCUGGCCCUGGAUGGAAACCAAACGGCAGCUAUGCACCUUCUACCACCACUAACGGCGUGUUUUCACCAUCGGGUUAUAUCCCUUCACCAGGCGCAAGCAGCUACACGGCUUCGCCCAUCACCUUUGCCCCGCCCGGAAUAACAGCUACUUUCCACCCGCCAACGGCAAUAGCAACGGUAGGACAACACCCAGUAAUAACGGCCGCGCCACACCCACAACCCAAGGUUCGGUCCAAUUCCCGGGCGGCGCCGUCACCGACACUCCGACGCCGAGGCGAAACAGGGAAAGCGUUCCCCCACCGGCCGUUCCGCCUAAAGAACACCACCCACAUCAGCACAGUAUGCUCGGCCGGGAGCGGAAGUCUUGCGUCGACAACUGGGAACAACAGCUUUGCAUCAACCAAUUCGGCGACCACACCCACUCGCCGUCCAGCGGCCCGCUCGUCCUCAUCCUCGUCGUCUUCCCCCGCCGUAGAGAAUAGCUCCAAAUAUUCACCCGUGAUUGAAAGUACGGCGACGUACGGCGCAAUGCAGCUUCCUCCAAUGCGAUUCUCGCUUUCCGACACGGACUUUGCAGACUUGCUCAAGGGUGUCGGGUUUGAUGCUGGUGGAGCACGGAACCGAUUGAGUUUGAUUGGUUUGGGGAGGACGAGUUUGGACGGGGCCGUGAGGCCUGUGAUGGGAGAUGACAAGGUCAAGGAGCAAGGCGGUGAGGGCGAGGACAAGGAUAAGGAUAGCAGGCCUCGUGGUGAAGACAAUUCUCGCGUGGAAGACAGGAACAAGGAAAAAGAGAGAUCUCGAUCUGAGUCUCGCUCGGAGGACAAGUCUCAAGUCUUUACGGAUGAGAGAUCGCAUUCUCGCGCAGACGACAAACCACGCGACCGCCGACAGAGCGAAUCGUCCAAACUGAGCCGCCCGAGCGUGGACAGCGUUCGUCCAACGACGCCUGCCCCGCGUCCGUCCAUCUCUUCAACCGACGCGACGUUUGUUUCUGUUCCUGAUGGAGGGGCGAGCACGGCAGGUCCAGGUCUGGACGAAGAUGAUUUCGGACAAAGUACACCUAUCAUUCGGACCACGCUUGCGCCUCCUACCACAUCCGCCGCAGCUGCUCGCGAUCGCGCAGACUCGGCCGCGGCGGACAAUGUUCUCAAACGGCUAAAGGAGAUCAGCGAGAAUGCGCAAGAACGGGGAAGUACGACCGUCAAGAUCAACCUAGAGUUUUUGGAAGCGAUAAGCAAGGCUGUUGUUGGCAGCAAGGAGCAGUACCGAGAUUUGAAGGGCAAGUACGACGGAAUGAAGCGCACGAGUCAGCAAUUCAUCGACGGACUCUCGGUCGCUCAGAGCGAAUACGACAAGGAGCUCGCAGCACGUCGCGAAGCCGAGGCAGAAGUCACCCGUCUACGCGUGCAGCUCCAAGGUCAAGCCGCACGACUCACUGCGCUCACGGCCGAGACGCGCAUCAAGGAAGUCGGAGAACAGCAAUUGGCCGAUGCAAAUAACGCGAUCCGGAACUUGCUGAGGGACUUGUCCAAGCUGAAGACCGAGCGGGACAUGGUCGUUGCUGAGAUUGACGAGCUGGGCAAAAAAACGUUCACUUCAUCGGGCGAAGGCUGGGAAUCCCUCGAAGCUCGACUUGAAAAUCUCAGAAAACAGUACCGGAAAGAUCUCGAAGGGCUUAAACUCCAACGGGAGGGUCUAUUCAAGGAGAUAACUGAGCUCAAAGAACACCGUGAUAUCUUUUUGGAGGAGACGACCGCGCUCAAUGCGCGCAACGAAGAGCUGGCCGAGUUGAAUGCGCAGAUUCAGAGACAGGUCGAGCAGCAGCUUGGAGGCCGACCUUCGAUGCCCAGGAUGGACAGCAAGUUUGGAGUCAAGAGUCGCCAGGGUACAGGUGGUAUGAACGGAAAUGGGAUUCCGAACGCAAGCGUCUCGUCGAUGGGUACGGCUGCUACGGGUAGUACCGUCUCGAUUCCUGAAGACCGGGAUCGCGAGCGGGAUAGUCGUGAGGAUGUCAAGCGCACCCAUGAGAACACAACUGCUUCUUCAAGUGCCAAAGGCGGGUUCAAAUGGCUCAAGGGCAAACCUGGUCAAGGAUCCAAAUCGGCUGCUGCGAGCGCAAACGCCCAAGCCGAUCGGCCCAAAGGGUUCAAGGAACAUAAUUUGUCCAACAGAGCGUGCUGCGAUUCGCAAGGUGCGAUCAGUGCGGGGAUAAGAUGUGGGGCAUGCAGAUGCGGUGUAGCCGGGGAGGGGGCAGAUUGCAAUUUCGCGUGCCAUCAGAGGUGUACGUACCUCGUCAAGUCGUCGUGCCAGAGUGGAUCCACACCCGCUGAGGAACCUGUGGUUGAUAUCUCACCGCUUCCACCGAGCAUGUUUGGUCGCGAUCUUGUUGAGCAGAUACACUCUGAUGCCAGGGUGGACCCUGGACGUAUGGUUCCCUUCAUCGUGGACAAGUCCAUGGACUAUGAGGGCAUUUACCGCAAAACGGGCGGAACGAGUCAAUCCAAGGCUAUUGUUCAACUAUUCGAAAAGGGCGACUAUGCGUUCGAUCUGGAGGAUACCGAUGCGUUCAACGACAUUUCGAGUAUCACUUCAGUGUUGAAGAGCUAUUUCCGCCAAUUGCCGGUCCCACUCUUGACGUUUGCAUUGCAUGAGCAGUUUGUUGAGGCUGCUGGAAUUCGUGAUACCGCGGCAAAGCACGAGGCUCUGGUUAGCCUUGUGCGACAACUCCCGCCGGAACAUUAUCACACUCUGAGGUAUCUCAUGUUGCAUCUCAGUCGCGUCAAGGAUUGUAGCGACGAGAAUCUGAUGAGUGCACGUAACAUUGGCGUCGUGUUUGGACCCACACUUAUGCGCUCAUCUGACCCCGCUCGGGAGUUUGGUGAUAUGGCUGGCAAAGCUCUCACCGUCGAAUGGCUAGUUGACAAUGCACCUACUGUAUUCAGCGACCCAUCAUCAUAA